CUGAAGAAAGCGGAGAUUAUUCCCACUGUCAUCGAUGAUUUCCUUCCCACCCUCAUCAUGGGUGCACAGUGGUCUUCCAAGGACUACGCAGAGCUUGGAAACACCUUAGAGGUCAAGAAAGUCCGGGAUGAACCUACCAUUACGCUGAAUGGAAGCUCGACAUUCUCACCAAACUUGUGCCGGGCGAGUACGACCUACACAGUCACAUUGACUGACCCUGAUGCGCCCUCCCGCGACAACCCCAAAUGGGCCGAGAUGUGUCACUUUAUCGCAACCGGCCUCGUACUGUCAUCUUCGGCUGGCGGAAGUUGUACUCACGUGCAAUUGUCAAACCUGAAAGACAUUAUGCCGUACAAGCCUCCUGGACCGCCGGAGAAGACAGGAAAGCACCGAUACGUUUUCUUGGUGUUCGCUCCGGCCAAUGGAACAUCUGAGGCUCUGAAUUUGACGAAGCCUGCUGACAGACAGCAUUGGGGAACUGGCAAGGAGAGGCAUGGUGUUCGAGAUUGGGCUCAUUUAAAUGGGCUAGUCCCUGUGGCGGCGAAUUUCAUCUAUGCCCAGAACAAGAAGCAGUGA